AUGUACGCGUUUCGACCUGGAUCAAUAAAAAAACAUAUAUUAUCUCGUUCAUCAUCAUUUACAUUAUCUUGUACUGAAUCUCUAAAUGAAAAUUCUAAAUCAACAGCAAAUUUUCGUCAUCAUGAAUUAUUACAAAUUCAAAGAAAAAUUCGUCCUAUGCUUUCACAUCCAUUAAAUAUUGAAAAUAAUAAUCAAUCUCAUUUACCAAUAAUACCACAUAAUAUAAAAUGA